AUGAUUAUAGUCUUUUUUCUCAAGAUCGUUGAUGGUCAAAUGACAAUUGUCGCAAUUUAUGUUGAUGACAUCUUGGUUAUUGGUUCAGAUCCCACUUCUGUUUCUCAACUGAAGACUUUUUUACAUAAGCAGUUCACCAUUAAAGACUUGGGUUUUCUUAAUUAUUUUCUGGGGUUAAAGGUUCAUUAUCCUAACGAUGGGAUCGUUCUGACUCAAAGGAAGUAUACUCAAGAAUUGCUCGCUGAAACAGGUUUCUUGGAUGCUAAACCUGUUGUUACUCAACUACCUCAAAAUAUGAAGUUUUCUGACCCUUGCAGCCCUUAUUUAAAAGACCAGUCUACUUAUCGAUCAUUGAUAGGUAAGCUUAAUUUUUUGACUUACACACGUCCAGACUUGGCUUUCGCGGUUCAGACUUUAAGUCAAUUCAUGAAAAAUCCACAACAGAUUCACCUGGACGGUGUUCAUCAUUUGUUAAGAUACUUAAAAGGGACCAACGAGAAAGGUAUUUUACUCAACGGUUCAACAAACCUGAGUCUUCAUGCUUACUCGGAUUCUGAUUGGGCAGCAUGUCCCGUUUCUCGUCGUUCCGUCACAGGCUAUGUUAUCUUAUUCGGGGGUUCUCCAAUUAGUUGGAAGUCCAAGAAAUAA